CAGACAUCGGACCCGGUGAGCACCGGUCAAAUUUUGGCGAGAGGGGCGGGACAGGACUACCGGAAGCGGCUGGAAGAAUGGGCAGCUGCUUUCGACACGCCUUGCACGCGUUUUGUCAUUCAGCUAUGAGUCAGGUCAACAACAAUUCCCAUGGGUCAGUUGAUAUAGACGAAAUCGAUCGGACCGUUACAAUUUGAUGAUUCCCCUCGUCAUCAAGUCUAUUCCCCACCGUCAUGGCCUCGAAAAUGUCGUACAUCCCGCGGUUCCUACUGCCGCAGUAUGGCCCGCUAUGGCGGACCACCACCCAGACUGGACCAUUUGCUAGACACCGCAAUGCCGAGAUUGGACAAGUGCUAGUGCGCUACGCAUCCAAGACGACCAAAGCUGCAGCGACCAAGACGACUACAACGAAGGCUACCGCCGCCGCGGUGAAAGCAUUCGUCCCGAAGUCUGCGCCGACGAAGACCAUCGUGACGAAGCCAGCGGCAUCCAAAGCCGCCACCCCAAAGACACCCACCUCGUCGCCCGCAGUCAAGGCUGCCGCUACUCGCAAGUCUGCUGCACAAGACCACGUGGUGAAAACUACGGCACCUGCUGCCGCGCCAAAGGCCCCGCCCGUUGAUCCAUCGAAGCCGAUUGUACUUGAGAAGCCUGAGAAGUUCAACCCGCCGUCGCAUGGCGCCAGACUACCUCGAUCCACGCCGAAGCACUAUGGCAGCGCCCUGAACACUGAGGAAGUGCAGAUUCAGAAGAGGAAGGAGUACCCAGGCCUGCCGCCUCCAGAGAAUACGUGGUCUCACUGGUUCCUCAACAACCGAAACGUUCAUCUGUGCAUUACCUUGGGAACACUGACCUCUCUGGCGAUAUACACCUUCAUUCUGAAGUUCAACGCCACCUCUGCCUACGCUGACAUGAUCCCUCCUAUCUCAGACUUCACUAAGGAUCCCGUUACCUACGUCCGAACGUGUAUCGAAGUACUCCGUCUGCAUGAAGAACACGAGUCUGCCAUUACGGCGGAGAAGCGGCGACGCAAGGUUGAUGACGUGACGAAGAGAAACGAGUACCGGAAGGCCCACGGUUUAGAUGCGCCGAGGGGGUUCGGUGACUGGCUUGGAAACGGGAAGACUGAAGCAUCAAGUGCCGGUUUACCUGCCGAUGAGUCGAAGGUGGCUGCACCGGCUGCCGCACCGACCGUCGAGGAGGUUGCUGAGCCAAAGCCUCAACCCGAUCUGUACAUCAAUCCUGAUGGGUCGCGCAAGAAGUUCUGGGGCAUCUUCUAAAGGGUCAGAAUUGGUAUACACGAGGGCGAUUAUAUGUACAUAGAAAGGUCUGACGAUGCACAUGGCUCCCGCGA